CUAUCAGCGGGGAGAGCUGCCCUCCGAAUCCUCGCCCGCAGCCCUAAACCAGCAGCGGAGCCGGGCUUGGCCUCAGAAAUCCGAUCACAGAUCAGCGAUUCUGAUCGAUUAAGAUCUCAAACGACCCUCCAGCUCGCAGUGCAGUCUCCCCCAGCCGCAGGCGGAGAGCCGGCCAGAGAGGGGGAGGCGCACCCGCCAGGCGCCGAAGCCCCCGGGAUCUGAGCGCGCGGCCUUGCUCUUCCGGAUGCUACGGGGUUGUCCUUAGGCGGCAGGAGCUCUCUCCCGACCUCCGACGCCAGCCAAGGCGAGCUCGUUGUUUUUGCAUAAAUUAAUAUUUCCCCAUUAACAAGUUCCCCCCUCCAAACGCGGCGCCCGCGUCCAUGCGCCACAUCCUAAUGAGGUAAUUAUCAUUUGCGCGUGUUCGCGGCUGGCGCCGGCUCCGUGGGUAAUGGCAGUUUAUUAGCACGAUGCCCAGCUCGGCUGCAGAGGGCUAAGGGAUGCUUCGGCGACUAGACGGACACCCGGGGGCCCUUUGGGGCGGCGAGUCCGGGACCCCCUGCCCUUUCCGCAUCCCCUAAACCUGUAGGCCCCCAAAGUUGUGAAUCACGCACGGAACUCUGCUUGGGUUUGGGCUCCCCCCCCUUUUUUUUCCACCGGCAAAACCAUCACGAUUCCUCCCCCUCCCCCUCCCGUCUCUUCCCUCCUUGCCGAUUCGCGAACCGCUCGCACUUUCCCGAGGGGAGCGCGGGCGCCAGUUGCCUCCUUUUAAAGUUUGAGGGGCGGUGGCGGCGGCGGCCGGCAGGCGCGGUGGAACACAGGGGCCGCUACAGGAGCCGCGCCGCCGCCCAUGUCAUUCCACUUCAAGUGACUUCAUGUGAUGUCAGCUGAAUGUAAAAGACAGUGAUCUCACGCGGAGGGGAAGAUGUUUGCCAUCAAAAUGUGACAGAGGAGACAGGCUGCAUGGCUCGGAACGCAUCUCCUUGGCGGUGGGGGAAAGAGACCUAGUGGAGAGAGGCUGCGCCCUGGCCCAGUCCGGUACGGCUCAGCUCGGCGAGCCAUGGCAAGCUCGGCUUCCCUGGAGACCAUGGUGCCCCCGGCCUGCCCGCGCGCUGGAGCGUCGCCGGCCACUUCCAAGACGCUGGCCUUCUCCAUCGAGCGCAUCAUGGCUAAGACGUCGGAGCCCCGUGCGCCCUUUGAGCCCCGACCCGGGGCACUGGAGGCGGACGGCGGCCAGGGCAAGAAAUUGCUCAACCUCUGCUCACCGCUGCCCUGUAUGAUCCCCCUCCAGCCCCUAGGCUACGAGGUGCCGUCCAAGACGCUGCUCAGUUACUCUGAGCUCUGGAAAAGCAGCCUCCGGGCGGGCGGCGGCGGCGGAGGAGGAGGCGGCGGCGGCGGCGGCGGGGGGGCCCCGGUGUGCGGCGCCAGCGGCUUGUGCAAAACCAACUGUGGCGUGUGCUGCAAGGCCGAGCUGGGCCUGGCGCCGUCUGCGCUACCCGCGGGCAGGGUCAUCAAGCCGCAGGUCAUCAACCAGGCAGUGGGGCUUCCGGCCAGCGGCUCGCUCUACUACUUCAACUACCUGGACUCUGCCGCGUACCCGCCGUCUGAGCUCCUGGGCGGCCACCUCUUCCCGUCCGGCCUCCUCAACGCACAGGCCCCCGCUGCCCUGGCUGCGCACCCCAAGCUCUUUUUGCUGGAGAACGCCAAGUUGGCCGGCCUGGCCUCAGACAAGUUCCCCCAUCCGGCCCCCUAUGCCCAUAAGGAGCGCCUGCCCGCGCCACUGGAGCAGGUGCUGAAGGAGAACUCAGCCCUGACCGCCGAGCGCGGCGGCGUCAAGGGCCACAGCAAGCUGCCUGGGGGCUCCGCGGACGGCAAGCCCAAAAACUUCACCUGCGAGGUGUGCGGCAAGGUAUUUAACGCUCACUAUAACCUCACCCGCCACAUGCCGGUCCACACCGGAGCCAGACCGUUCGUGUGCAAAGUCUGCGGCAAAGGCUUCCGCCAGGCCAGCACGCUCUGCAGACACAAAAUUAUCCACACCCAGGAAAAGCCGCAUAAAUGCAACCAGUGCGGCAAAGCCUUCAACCGCAGCUCCACGCUCAACACACACAUUCGCAUCCACGCGGGCUACAAGCCCUUCGUCUGUGAAUUUUGCGGCAAAGGCUUUCACCAAAAAGGGAACUACAAGAACCACAAGCUGACCCACAGCGGCGAGAAGCAGUACAAAUGCACCAUCUGCAACAAGGCCUUCCACCAGGUCUACAACCUGACUUUCCACAUGCACACCCACAACGACAAGAAGCCUUUCACGUGCGCCACUUGCGGCAAAGGGUUUUGCAGAAACUUUGACUUAAAGAAACACGUGCGCAAACUCCACGACAGCGGGGGUCCCACCACCCCCUGCACAAAGGACCUGACUCGGACAGUGCAGAGCUGAGAGCUACUGCCUCGCCCUCCCUUCCGGCCCUAUCCAACCCCCAAACAGAUCACACGUAUAAACUUAUUUCUAAAAUUAAAAGAAAGGAGAAAAAAAAAAAAAAAA